UGGAGGGUGACGGCAGGGGUACCGUGAGAUAUGAAGAGUGAGGUCAAGGGUACCCUGACCUCGAAAAGGUUGGGAAACACUGCGCUAAGACAAGGAUGUCUUUAGACACUGUGCCGAGAAGCUGGAGUGCAGACCCUGGUUCUGAAGUUUUGUUUGCCUGCCCUUAUCUAAUAAAGCAAUUCAAUAACUGUAUACUGAGUCAGCCGGGUGGUGUGUCCAUGGGCGUCACCAGAAGAAGCUGAGGAGAGCUGAUAACGUGUUUCAUCCGGCUCCGUUUUGACUGCGAGGCCAAUUAUUGCGCAAACGAAUCAUCUUUCGCCUCUUGAUGAUUUUAACGUGGAGAUAGAUUGAUGAGCCAGAAAGCAAGCGGAAUGCUGCUGUGAUGUUGCCAAGUUCUCACCGCCUGCUCUGUAGCGUGCGAUGCCGAGCCAUCCCGCGCUGGUCCUGUAACCUGAGGGGAGUUAUUCAGGCAGGGAAUGGCUCCAGCUCAGAGGCCUCAUCCUGUAAAGCGGAAAUGGAACCAGGGACCAGUACAUGGAUAAAUGUGAAGAAAGAAAGAAAGAAAGAAAGAAAGAAAGAAAGAAAGAAAGAAAGAAAGAAAGAAAGAAACAUUACAAGUGAAACUGGGGAAAAGUACAUGGAUAAAUGUGAAGAAAGAAAGAAAGAAAGAAAGAAAGAAAGAAAGAAAGAAAGAAAGAAAGAAAGAAAGAAAGAAAGAAAGAAAGAAAGAAAGAAAGAAAGAAAGAAAGAAACAUUACAAGUGAAACUGGGGGAAAGUACAUGGAUAAAUGUGAAGAAAGAAAGAAAGAAAGAAAGAAAGAAAGAAAGAAAGAAAGAAAGACACAUUACAAGUGAAACCGGGGACCAGUACAUGGAUUAAUGUGGAG